AUGUGAGCAUCUCUCUCCCUUUCAUCCCCACCGAGCACCUCCACUCUCCUCCAAUGGCUCUGCCAACCCUCCUCUGCUUCUCUCUCCUCGUCGUCGUCCUCGUCUUCUCUCCUAGUCAGAAUGUGGAAGCGGAGAUGGAUGACAGUAGCUUGCAGCUGAUGACGGAUGCAAUGGAAUGGCCGACCACCACCUCCCUCUACUCUUCUUCCUCCUAUCCUUUCGGCUAUGAGGGAGACGAAGGAGAGCUAGAUGAGGACGCGAAGGAUAACAGGAGGGCUCUGUUCUGGCGCCGGAUCCAGUACUACAUCUCCUACGGGGCGCUGUCGGCCAACCGGGUGCCGUGUCCUCCUCGCUCCGGCCGCUCCUACUACACCCACAACUGUUACCGCGCCCGCGGCCCCGUCCACCCCUACCAUCGCGGCUGCUCUGCCAUUACCCGCUGCCGGAGAUGAACUCCAAAAACCAAAAAAAAAAAAAAAAAGGAACCCCCUUUUUUUUAUAUAUAUUCCAUGCCAUGCCUAUGAUCACUUCCCCUGUUUCUACUGCUUUGUUGUUAUUUUUGUUGUUAGUGGCGAUGCUAGUGGAUGUAUUUUAAGCGUUAUGGCUUAUGUGGCUCUGGUUAAUUCGGGCCUCGGCAGGCAGGAUUUUGUGGGAUUAUGGAUCUGCUAUAGUUGGUUUAUUGUAAUAUGUAUUUGCUUUUUAAGUUUUUGGAAUGAGACUUUUUUUUUUC